AUGAAUAUCGAAGAUUAUCAUUGGUGGUUUGAAAGAUUUGAAAAUAGGGUGCAAGCUUAUGCGUACAACAGCUGGAUUUGUUUGACGUUGGGAUAUGUAAAACCAAGAAAUGAAAGACGUGAAUUGAUCACAUUGAAAGACUUCACAGCUGAUGAUAAGAGAGAGCAUUCAGCAGAACUAAGAAUGAAAACUCUACUUCAACAAUCUAUCAGAGAGGAUAUUUUCUCACUGCUUCAGUAUGGUGAAACAUCUAAGUCAAUUUGGGAAGCAUUAAAAGUGAAAGCUGAAGGAGGGAAAGAUAUCAAGAAAAACAAAAUUUCGUUGUUGAAAAAGGAGUUUGACGUGUUUAGCUGCAUAAAGAAUGAAACAGUUCGUCAAAUGAUUGAACGUUUCUGUCACUUAAAGAUUGAGCUGGAGAGAUUCGAAAUUAAAAAAGAAAGAGAAGAGAUGGUAGAUAAACUGGUUGAAGCUUUACCUCAUGAAGAUGAUUGGAAAACAUAUGUGAUUGUGUUGAAAAAUGAUGCUAAUUUUGACAAACUGACUUUGGAUCAAUUGAUAGAGAAGAUAGAGGGGCAUGAUCUGUUGAUUCAAAAACAAAACAAGAUGUCAAGUUCUAACUAUCAACACAAUGUUGGUUUGUACUAUCGAAGAGGGUUGUUACAAAACAAUGAGUCUUCAAGAAUCAAUGAGUCUCCAAGAAUCAAAACGGGUUUUACUGCAGAAAAGACCAAUGACACUCCAAAGAAUACAUUUUCAAGUUAUGAUCCGGGAUAUCAUGCAUCAUCUGCAUCUGGAUCAUCAAAUGCUAAUUCCAACUUUGAUUGGAAGAACUCUCCAUUGCUGAACAAUGAAUUUGCUCAACAGCAUAUGAGUUUUUUAGCCUCCAUUCUGGUAUCUUAUGAAGGGUUAAUUGCUGGAAAGAUCGGAAAUUCUAACAUGACGAAAGAGGAUUACGAUCAGGAAAAAGGUCACUUCAAAAGAGAAUGUCCAAACAACAGAGCUGAUGAAAGUGUAAAUCUGUUUCAUGAGGAUUAUUACAAAAAGGCAAUAUAUCACAAGAACACUGAUCAGCCAAUCAGAAAACAAAUUGAUGGAGUAUCAUCCAAAGAAAAGAGAGCUGCUUUGUCAUUUUGUGAUCAAAAUGUGGAUAAUAUAGAUGAUGAAUAUGAAUCUAUGGUUCAAACUCUUGAUUGGGAAGAAUGGUUGAAAGACUCAAAAUCACCAGGUUUCAUAAUCUAUGAUGAUGAAGGUUAUGAUUGGAGUCAACAUGAAGAUGAGGUUGCUAAAGUGGAAGUUAAGGCGAUGGCUGCUGAAAUAACACUUACUCGCAGGUGGAGCAAAGAAAAAGAAUGCUAUGUUGAUCCUCAAGGAAACCCGACGGUUGAUCCAAAGACGGUUGAUCUUGAUGCAUUAGUUGCAGCAAUACCUACUGUGAGUGUUUGGUGCAAAGGCCUUAGGGAGAUUCCGAGGUACAAAGAGCAGGUUGAAGAAGGUAUUCGAAAGGUGAUAUUUGCUAGUCUGGAGAAGAAGAAGAAGAAAACAGUUGAAGAAAUUGUGACUGAGAGUGAGAAGAUGGUGAAUGAAGUGAAGAAACUUGAAGAGAAAGUUGAGGAAGUUGUUGAAGAGAAAAUGCAAGUGGCUGAAGAAGAGCAAACUCAGAAAGCAGAGGAAACCGCAGAGUUAGUCACUGAGGUGCUCAAGUAUAACAAAGACUGUCAGAAUGCAAACAAGAGUAGCCUGGCACUUGAAGAGGAAGAAGAUGAACCUUGGAAAAUCCUGGAGUUAAAGGAAAAAAAGGAGGGAGGUAUUUUUGGAACAGGGAGAGGAAAAGACGGGGAUUUGCAAUCGGAGAAGCAGAAGAAGGAAGCAAUUGUUUGUUUGUUGGUUUGGGAGAUGAAGAAGAAGAAGGAGAGAUUAACAACGAUCGUCAUCGCUCUUCCUGCCACCGCUCAUACUCAUACCAGCGCACCUUCACUCGUUCUUCAGGGUUGUGAAACUAAGAAGAAAAAUGAUGUUACAACAACAAAUAACACCACCAAAAGGGUAAAGCUGCCUUUACCACCCUCCAAUUCCAAUUCCAAUUCCAAUUCCAAUACAAAGAAGACGAAGAAGAAGAAGAAGAUUAAGGAGGUUUUAGAUGCAACUGAUAAUCCCUUUUCCCAAUUUGUCUACAAAGGUUGCCUUUCAAACUCCUCCUAUCAUUCUAAGACUUUCACAGAAAAACAAGGCCCUCAUGAUCAUGAUGCACUUAAAGUAAACAAAGCUUGUGUUGCCAGUGUGAAACUAUCACACUACUUUUCCAACCAAAACGAACAAGAAGAAGAAGCGGUUGUUGUUUGCAAGAAACAUAAGCUUAGUGCACAACAAAAGGCCUGCUUUCCAAACUCCGCUGAUCAGGAAAACGCAAACACUGUUGAUCAAGCCGUUGCUGCUGCUAGUAGUAAGAAAAAGAAGCUGCUUAGUGCACGGCCAGUGACAGGUUCCAUUGAUCAGGAGGAGAUAUCAGGAAAAGAAAACUCUACUGGCGAAGAAGCAGUUGUUGUUUGCAAGAAAAAGAAGAAACGUAAGCGUAGCGGACAACAAGAGGUCUGCUUUUCAAACCCAGUGAGUCAUCAGGGGAUAUCAGAAAAAGGAAACUCGGUUGCUAGUACCAGUGGUUCACACGCUACUGAGAAGGUAAAGGCUAAAGAAGAAGAAGAGGUUGUUGUUUGUAAGAAAAAGAAGAAAGAUAAGCAGCAGCAUACUAGUGCAAGACAAAGGGUCUGUGCUUUGACAGACUCUGGUGAUCAGGAGGAGAUAUCACAACCUGUUGUUGGCGUCAAAGUGUCACACACUGAAAAACCCAUUGCUUGCCAGAAAAACAAUUCACACUCCACUGUGAAGUUCGUGUCACCCUACUUUCCAAGGAAGAAGGCUAACAAAGAAGAAGAGGUGGUAGUUGUUGUUUGCAAGAAAAAGAAGAAAGACAGCCUUACUGCAAGACAAAAGCGAGACGACGCCUACAAAAAGAAGACUCCAGAUAACACGUGGAAGCCUCCGCGAUCCCAUCAUAAUCUUAUCCAGGAGGAUCAUAUCCAUGAUCCUUGGAGGAUUGUCGUUAUAUGCAUCCUCCUAAAUAUGACACAGGGUGUGCAGGUGAGAGGGGUGAUAUCGGAGUUCUUUAGCCUAUGCCCGGAUGCAAAGACUGCUACAGAGGUUCCAGCAGAGGCGAUUGAAAAGCUUAUAACGCCACUUGGACUGCAGAAAGUAAAGACGGAAAGGAUCCAAAGAUUUUCUGAAGGAUAUUUAUGGGAUGACUGGACACACAUCUCUCAACUCCAUGGCGUUGGGAAGUACGCUGCAGAUGCCUAUGCAAUAUUUGUUACGGGGCAAUGGAGGUGCGUGAUACCCGCAGAUCAUAUGCUAAAUAGGUACUGGGAAUUUCUUCAUCAGAAUGCACAUUUAUUGGACGAGUUAACGUCACAUACAAACACGUUCGAUGACAAAGUCUUUUUUGGGAUGUAAUUGGAGACAAGUAUGGUGUAAUUUUUUUGAUUAUAAUAGGGGGUGUUUAUUUUGUUAAUUACCAAUUUAGUAGUAGUCAGGUCAGAGCUGGUGUAUAUUUUUGGGCUAAGAUAUGAUGUUUUGAUAUUCUAAUAUCUGUCUGAAAAGUUAACCUAUAAUCUUAAA